AAAUUUGUAUUCGAGCCGAGCACAAUAACUAAUCCCGCCGGCGUUGUUCACAAAUAAAAUAUCAAAUUAACACCAAUACAAAAUGGAUGAACCGGAGAUUGAUAUAGAUGAAACGCUUAUGCUAGGCGCAGUUGACGAUACAGUUUGCAAUAUUUGCUGCGCCGAAUUCCUCGAUGUGGAAGAUUUACAAAUGCAUAUUGCCCAAGUGCAUCUAAACGAGAAACGUAAGUUGCGUUUUUGCGUAAUCUGCGUUAAAAUAUUCGGUGACAUCGAACAGUAUAUGGCCCACAUGUUGCACGAACACCUCGCCACGCUAGAAUGUUGCAAACACUGCUUUCGCCUGUUCCCCGAUCUCAACAGCAAGAUGUCGCACGAAAAGAAACACAAAUACCGUUGCAAGAAGGAGAUAUUCUGCUCGCAAUGUAGCGAGUGUUUCAACGACAAGAUCUUUCUAGAACGACACGAGUUCAAAGCGCAUCUGGAUUGUGGGGAAGGGAUCAUGCUGAACCAUGGCUAUUCAGUACUGUCGUCAUUGUUAAACAUGAACGUGCGAAGGUUCUUAUGUAGUUAUAACGAAGAGAUGACGUAUGUGUGUGCACGGUGUCAGUUUUCCUCGGUCAGUAUGGAAGCUUACCUAAACCACAUCAAGUUGACCGCCUGCCAGACGUACGCUUGCGAUAUGUGCCUCAAUGUCUACUUACGGAAGAAAAAUCUCAUCCGACACUUCUUGUCUCGACACGGACAUAAUGAUAAACAUAAUAUAGUCGAGUGUCCCAAAUGUCAGGUAAUGUACACCCGUAGUGCGCUCAAAGUGCACGAAAAGACCUGUUCCAUGCUGAAAUGUUUAGAAUGCAACAUAAUGUUUAAGUCUGUGACUGAUAUAACCAACCAUAAGGUGCGUGUGCAUCAGGAAUGCAUAUUGGUCGAACGAUGCCGCUUCUGCAAUAGACAAGUUAUUGGACAUGAUAAUAUGAAAAAACAUAUUGAAAGAACUCACCAGGGCACUAUGCAUUUGUACAAAUACAAGUGUGUUUACUGCGAUUUGAUAUUCAACCAUCCGAAAAAGUUAUUCGGCCACUUUUUCUCCAGCCACAAGGAUUUAGAACCCUACACCUGUAAUAUUUGCGAUAAAAAAUUUCGUAUUAGAAAGAAAUUUACAGUGCAUGUACACGCCAUGCAUCAUAACAUUGGCUUCUUGGAGUUCAAUGAAAAUUAUCAUGUCUCGUUCAGUGCGAAAAAAUCGGAGAAGACAUUUGUGCCGCAAAGUAUAUAUUUCGAUUCAGUGGUAAUUGAAUCAAAUGAUGAGGAUGAUAAACCAGACGAUAUAAAAACAACUACAAGUCAAGAAAUAGGCGCUGGUAAUGAAAGUACUAAAAAAUCUUUAGCAGAUGAAGAAACUACUGAUGUUGAUGCAAAGUCUGAAACAGUUAAAAACGGAAAUAGAAAACGUGUAUUUAAAAAAAGACAAGUGAAGCACAGGACAAAAGUAACUGAUUUCGAUUCGGACGAUUCUGAUGUGCCGCUUCAAAACUUCUGCAAGCAGAGCUCGUUCAAUUUCGGCCGCGCGCCGUGGAACACAAAGAAAAAUAAGAAGAUCUUUCAGCCAAAGACUUCGUUCACAUGCGAGAAAUGCAAUAAAAAUUGUUACACGUCACAGAAUUACCAAUAUCACAUGAGUUUGCACGCUGAACACGGCACCAAGAAGUGUUUCAAAUGUGAAGCUACGUUUCAAACUGAAUCUGCUCUAAAGGAGCACAUGGAUGCCGAACAUAAGAACUCCGGACUCAUUGAAACCCUUAAAAGAGUACUGGAACGGCAGAAAUUGCAAACGGUUAAGUCCAAAGAGGAUAUAUGUUUGAACAGACAAGAUAGAUUUAAAGUCAACCUUAAAAAGGUGAUAUGUGUGGACAGUGAGACACCAGCUACUAUGACCAUUGUAACAGAUAACACCAGCAAAUCCAAAAAGGAGUCAGUGAAGAAUUUCAUAGAGAACUUCAUGCCAGAUCUUUCUACUGAUGGUGUUCGAGUGAAAGACUGUGUUACGAUGCGAAUCACGUCUGAAGUCAAACCGCCCACAAUAACCCUACAGCGCUGCGACCCACGGCCAAUGGAUUUCACAUCGGGGCUAAAAAAACCCGUCCCAUUUAAACAUAUUAAUGAUGAACGUCACAGAGUGGACGUUAAAUUGGUAUAUGGCGAAAUAAAACGCGCGAAAUUGAAUUACGGCGAUAAAUUAUGUACUCUCAACAGACAGAACAGCGUGUUGAACGAGGAUCACUCGUAUUGCGAGGAAUAUCACCCCAACGAUGAUGUAGACGACAAUAAUGAUGAUGAUGAUUAUAGAUCGCAACAGAUUCCAGAAGUGGCUGAAGAAGUUAUGUUAGCAACGGAAGAAAUUAAAACACAUCAAACGAUAACAGUUCCCAAUGUGCCGAGUGAAUAUAAAUCUAUUCGUAUUGGCACAUUGCAACCCCAAGCACCGUACUAUAAAAUAUUGAAAAUCGACGACAUCCUGAAGGGGGAAACGGAUGAUGAGGAAACGAAGAAAGGCGACGGGAAAUAUGUGAGUCUACCAGAUGGUACCCAACUGGUAGCGGUUAAUCCAUUAGCUCAUUUGAUUGAUACGGAUGGCUUAAAGAAAAAAAUGCCCAAGAAAUACUACAAGCCGAAGCAAAAGGACAUAGGUGCGGCCAUAUCGAAGUUUUUAACGUCCACUCCAAAGAAAAAAUCCCGUAAAAAGAGUGUAAAUUUCAAUGUAUAGGUCAACCGUAAUGUUAGGUUAGGCUUAUCAUAUAUGU